UACUUUAGAUUUUAUUGACGAAAACUAUCAGCUCUUGAUGUCCAAGUUGCCGAAAAUUGUAAAACAAUUUAUAAAAAUUCCCUUAAGUUAUAAAUCUGCCUCCACAAUGCAGUCUCUGCCUGAGGAGCUACUGAAUAAUAAUAAUAAAUCCAUAUGCAAAGUGGAAGAUCCCCAGAGUGUGGAAAUAGCUAGAAAUUGUUUAAGAUCCGGUCGAGUUAUAGCCUUACCCACAGAUACAGUAUACGGUUUAGCAUGUGAUGCCAAUAAUGAAAAAGCUAUACAAAAGUUGUACAACAUCAAGGGACGAGACUUUCAUAAGCCUGUGGCUAUUUGUGUUAAGGAUUUAGGAGAUUUAAGGAAAUAUGGUGAGGCGGAACAUUUAAAUGAUUCUUUGCUGGGUCAGCUACUGCCUGGUCCUAUUACAAUAGUAAUUGAGCGUUCUAAACACUUAAGUAAUCCUUUCCUAAAUCCAACUACCAGUAAAAUUGGCAUACGCAUUCCUGAUUUUAAUUUUAUACAACAGCUAUGUUCCAGUUUUAAUGAACAACCAUUGGCUUUAACCAGUGCUAAUCGAUCUUCUGAACGCAGCAGUUUAAAUAUUAAAGAAUUUGAGGUUUUAUGGCCAUUGCUGGGAGCCAUAUUCGAUGCCGGUCAAGUUGGUAUUACUGAAGAGAGGCGUUCAGCUUCCACUGUUGUGGAUCUGGCUACGCCUGGUUUGUUUAAAAUUGUUCGCGAAGGCGUUGCUUUAAAACAUACUUUAGAAGUAUUACACGCUCAUGGCCUUAAGUCAUUAGAGUCUACGGGGGUAUAGUUGUUAAGCAUAUGGUAGCGAGUAGAAAAAGUUAUUUUUAAUAUAAUAAACUUAUGAUUUUUAAAAACUUUGUGUAAAUAGAAAUAAAUUAUCCUGUAUUCCACAUCAUAAAUUAAAACAAGAGUCUGUCAACCAAAA